AUGGGAGGCAAGCUGAGCAAGAAGAAGAAGGGGUACAAUGUGAACGAUGAGAAGGCCAAGGACAAGGACAAGAAGGCCGAAGGAGCGGGCACGGAAGAGGAAGGGACCCCGAAGGAGAAUGAGACCCAGGCGGCCGGGGAGACCCCCGCAGUGAAGGAGGGCAAGGAGGAGAAGGCGGAGAAGGAUGCCCAGGAUGCUGCCAACAAGCCCGAAGACAAGGAAGGCGAGAAAGACACAGAGGCGGCCAAGGCGGAUGCUCCGAAGGCAGAGCCCGAGCAGACGGAGGCAGCAGCCGAGGGGAAGCCGGAGCCCCCGAAGGAGGCGGAGCAGGCGGCCACCUCGGGCCCCACUGCUGCGGGCGAUGCCCCCAAGGCUCCCGAGGCUGAGGCCCCUGCGGAACCAGCCAAGGUGGAUGACAAGAGCAAGGAGGGAGGGGAACCCGCAAAGACUGAGGCUCCCGCGGCUCCUGCCUCGCAGGAAACGAAAAGUGACGGGGCCGCAGCUUCAGACUCAAAACCCAGCAGCACUGAGGCUGCCCCCUCGUCCAAGGAGGCCCCAGCAGCCACGGAAGCACCCAGCUCCACGCCCAAGGCCCAGGCCCCUGCAGCUCCCACCGCCCCUGCAGCCCCCGCAGAGGAGGUCAAACCUGCCGCCGACGCCCCGGCCAUCAAUUCCGACCAAACCGUGGCGGUGAAAGAGUAA